AUGAGCUCACUCGACUGCCGCGGCGUCACGGGCCUACCCGCGGACCUGCCUCAGCUCGCCGGCGCGCGCGUCUGCGGCUUUGUGGGGAGCAAGCAGCCCGACAUGUUCAGCGCGUGCUGUUCCGGCGCCAUCUACGACGGCAGCGAGGCGCCCGCCGCCGACCAGCAGGCGGCACCGCCAUCGACGGGCUGCCUCACCUACUGCAUCACCGACCUCUCGCUCACCGAAUUCACCAGCUGCCUCUCGCAGCAGCCAGACUUCCGCAACAGCUCAAAGACGUUUUGCAGCGGCGACGCCGAUCCCUUUCACCCGGACGCCGUCAGCGCUUCGGCCAUCAGCGCGGCCAGCGCGGCCAGCAGCAGGCUGAUGCUGUCCAAGCAGGCCGUCGCGACCUUGAUCGUCGCCGCCCUGGCCGUCGUCGCACCCUACGGCGCCCCGUGA